AUAUUCUUCCCAAAGCAAACGUUCCACUACACCUCUGAAUACUGGCAAGAUAAAAACACAUUUAAUGUUGUUGGAGGAAAGACUGGGUUUGACUCACAGGAGACCAAACUUCCAUCCUACUGGAACACAUCCUUCACUAAGAUCUGCCUCGGUAUGAAGAUCAACGACCAGAUCAAUUUUAUUGUCAUCAACCAGGGCGCCAGUUCCCUGUAUUCACUGAUCGCUGACGGGCAAUACAGGAACACUUCUCUCGGUCGCGAAGCUUGGAUGUCACUAGCAGGUUCGGAAGCCUCCUUGCAGUUAAACUGUAAAAAGGAAGGGUUCAACGCAGAGUGUAUCACCAGUAACCGCUCCAAAGCAAGAAUCGGUAUCCUUGGUAACGAUCAAACCAAUUGCUAUAAUUGUAACUCCAGAUUGGGUUUUGGUACUGCAGGAAACUUUGAUAACAAUAAUACGUGUGGAAACUUGGACAACGAUGGGGCUAAAAGACUGAGCAUCAGGGCAAUGGGGUAUAUUCUGGUACAGUAA